UGAUCACCGCAGGCUCAACGAGCAUCUGGUGGCAACCACUGAACGUUGACAAUGACUGAAGUCAACGGCACUGCGAGCACUAGCGACUGGCAAGAUCGCUACUACCAUGUCGACCAGAUCCUUGACAAGCCCGGUCCGAGGACUGAUCCCGAGUUCAUGGCGGGCGACGGCGUGAAAGAGUUUCUGCGUAACAAGUGCAAGAUACUCGUCAUCGGCGCCGGUGGUCUGGGGUGCGAGAUCCUGGCCAACUUGGCAUUGUCUGGCUUCAAGGACAUCCAUGUAAUAGACAUGGACACUAUCGACAUCAGCAACCUGAACAGGCAGUUUCUUUUCAGGCAAAAGGAUGUCGGGAAGCCCAAGGCGAUAGUUGCUGCAGAGUAUAUCAUGAACCGCGUACCUGGAGUGAAGGUCACACCUUACUUCGGCAAGAUCCAGGAUAAGGACGACGAUUAUUACAUGCAGUUUAAUCUCGUCAUCUGCGGUCUUGAUUCUGUGGAGGCGCGUCGAUGGAUCAAUGCUACUCUAGUCAACCUCGUAGAUCCGGAGAAUCCGGAAAGUCUGAAACCGCUCAUAGACGGUGGCACCGAAGGAUUCAAGGGUCAAGCUCGUGUGAUCUUGCCAACGGUUACAUCUUGCUACGAAUGCUCGCUCGAUAUGCUCAACAAGCCGACUGCAUUCCCGAUAUGCACCAUUGCGAACACGCCCAGGUUACCAGAACACUGUAUUGAAUGGGCGUCGGUAUUGGAGUGGCCGCGGGUGCACGGAGAUAAGAAGAUGGAUACGGAUGAUCCUGAUCACAUUGGCUGGCUAUACAAAGUCGCGUCGGCUAGGGCGAAGGAGUUCAACAUCGAAGGGGUGACAUGGUCACUGACUCAAGGUGUGGUGAAGAACAUUAUCCCUGCGAUCGCUUCUACGAAUGCGAUCAUUGCAGCCGCCUGCUGUAACGAAGCGUUCAAGAUCGCGACGAGCUCCGCGGCCUACCUCAACAAUUAUUUCAUGUUGAUUGGGACAGAGGGUGUUUAUUCGUAUACCUUUGUGCACGAGAAGCGUGAUGAAUGUCCUGUAUGUGGCGGUGAAUCUGUCGACAUCACCAUCAGUCGCGAAUGGACCGUGGACCGCCUCAUCGAAAUGCUCGUAGAGAAACAGGAUAUUCAAAUCAAGAAACCCUCGCUUUCGACGCCCACCAAACAAAUCUAUUUCCAGGCCCCUCCACAGCUUGAGGAAGCUACCAGGCCAAACCUUGAGAAGAAGGUGUCCGAGUUGGUCCCCGACGGAGGCGAGGUGACCGUAACCGCGACUACCUUGCCGUUCAGCCUAUCAUUGCACAUCAACUACUCGUGACUUACGGGGUAGCUUAUAGAUACUUAUAGAUAUCAGGGAGUCCAUAUAACAAUAUGUAAUAUACCAGCCACUGCUGUCGUCCUCUGC